CCCAUGUCCUUCCUCCCCUGGGCUUAGAGGCUCCUGCACUCUCUCCUGAGCUGUACAAAGGAGUAGCUUCCCCGCCAGUCCUGCCCCCAUCACCAGUUAGCUGAAGGGUGCCAUCCCAGGCUGAAAAUACCAAGGAAAUGGCAGGAACGCUAACACCGGAGCAGAUCACCGAAUACAAAGGCAUCUUUGAGAUGUUUGAUGAAGAAGGGAACGGCUUGGUGAAGACAGAUGAAUUAGAAAGCCUCAUGAGUUUGGUCGGGAUCAACCCCACCAAGCGAGACCUGGUCAACAUGGCCAAGGAUGUUGACAAAGACAAAAAAGGCACCUUCAACUGCGAUGGGUUUCUGCUGUUGAUGGGCAUUUACCACGAGAAAUCCAAAAAUCAGGAUGAGGAACUCAGAGCCGCCUUUAAAGUCUUCGACAAAGAACAUAAGGGCUACAUUGAGUGGGACACGCUCAAGUACGUAUUGAUGAACGCCGGAGAACCCCUGAACGAACAGGAAGCUGAACUCAUGAUGAAGGAAGCAGACAAGGACGGGGAUGGGACCAUUGACUACGAAGAAUUUGUGGCCAUGAUGACGGGCGAGUCCUUCAAACUGACUCAAUGAGACACUUUUCGGGUCGUCACUCCUGCCUGCUCCCUCUUCCUUCGACGAUGCCAAGGGGGGUUAACCGCGACGGAACCUGGACACCAAACAGCGGCACGCAGUCCCAGCCCUGGUACGCCGCGAGAGUCUUUAAGCUGAGGAUGAAACAAAAGCCUUCUUGAGCUGAGACUGCGCGAUUUCAACCUUUAGUAGACCCACAUUUGGACAGAAUUUGUCCUCGCCGAGUUUGGUCAAUAAAGCCCGGGUCAAAUUUUAACACGCGAGGUUUUGGAAAUAAAAUGGGUGACCUCGGUA